AUGCAACUUACGUGGAAGGAUAUUCCGACCGUGCCUACGGCCAACGAUAUGUUGGACAUCGUGCUCAACAGAACCCAGAGAAAGACUCCUACGGUGAUCAGAGCUGGGUUCAAGAUCACCCGUAUCAGAGCCUUCUACAUGAGAAAGGUCAAGUUCACCGCCGAGGGCUUCGCAGAGAAGUUGACCGACAUGUUGUCUGGUUUCCCAAACAUUAACGAUGUGCACCCAUUUCACAGAGACUUGAUGGACACUUUGUAUGAGAAGAAUCACUACAAGGUUUCUUUGGCUGCAGUAUCCAAAGCCAAGAUGUUAAUCGAACAGGUUGCCAGAGAUUACGUCCGUUUGUUGAAGUUCGGUCAAUCUUUGUACCAAUGUAAGCAAUUGAAGAGAGCUGCUUUGGGACGUAUGGCCACCAUUACCAAGAAAUUAAAGGAUCCUUUGGUGUACUUGGAGCAGGUGAGACAGCACUUGGGCCGUUUGCCUUCCAUAGAUCCAAACACAAGAACUUUGCUUAUAUGUGGAUACCCUAAUGUUGGUAAGUCCUCGUUCUUGAAGUGCAUCACCAAAGCUGACGUUGAGGUUCAACCUUACGCUUUCACCACCAAGUCUUUGUACGUUGGUCACUUUGACUACAAAUACUUGCGUUUCCAAGCCAUCGAUACUCCCGGUAUUUUGGACAGACCUACUGAAGAAAUGAACAACAUCGAAAUGCAGUCUAUCUACGCCAUUGCUCAUUUGCGUUCUUGUGUUUUGUACUUCAUGGAUUUGUCCGAGCAGUGUGGUUUCUCAAUCGAGGCACAAGUUAAGUUGUUCCAUCUGAUCAAGCCUUUGUUCGCCAACAAAUCUGUGAUGGUGGUUAUGAACAAGUCCGAUAUCAUCAAGGUCGAGGACUUGGACCCACACAGCCAAGAGCUCAUCAAGAGUUUGCACGAUGUACCAGGUGUCGAUGUCAUGCACACAUCCUGUUACGAGGAGGAGAACGUCAUGCAAGUCAGAAACCAGGCUUGUGAGAAGUUGUUGACUGCUCGUAUUGAACAAAAGUUGAAGGGCUCUGGCCGUAUCAACAACGUCUUGAACAAGAUUCAUGUUGCUAGACCUCAGCAACGUGACGAUGUCGAGAGACCAGCACAUAUUCCCGAGGACGUCAAGAACCUCGAGAAGUACGACCCAGAGGACCCUAACAGAAGACUUCUUUCCAGAGAUGUCGAGCUGAACAACGGUGGUGCCGGUGUCUUCAACAUCAACCUCAAGGACUUCUACAUGUUGGAGAAUGACGAUUGGAAGGCUGACACAAUGCCUGAAAUGUUGGACGGUAAGAAUGUUUAUGAUUUCUUGGACGCCGACAUCGCUGCUAAGUUGCAAGCUUUGGAGGAUGAGGAGGAGAGAUUGGAGGCCGAGGGUUUCUACGACUCUGAGUCUGAUGCUGAGGGUGAGGAGAUUGAUGAGAUUAAAGACAAGGCUGAGUGGAUCCGUAGUAAACACAAGGUCAUGAUCCAAGAGGCUCGUGUCAGAAAGUCUAUUAAGAACAAGGCGUUGAUGCCAAGAGAGCAUAUCAAGAAAUCUUUCAGCCAGAUGGAGGAUCACAUGGAGUCUUUGGGACACGACACAAGUGCUUUGCAGCAGAGAGUUAAGGGUGUCAAGAACAAUUUGAGUGGUGUUGACAUCUUGAGAAAGAACCAAGGACUCGCCAAGAAGAAGAUUCAAAAGAAGCGUGCUCCUCUUGACCAAUCCGACAGAUUCAACGAUGGUGUUGCUGAUGGCGCAGUGCGUUCGCUGGCAGACAGACUCGCUAAAUUGCAAAGAAGAGAGAGAAACAGAAUGGCGCGCCAAGGUGAAGGUGAUCGUCACACUACCGCAGCCAUGCCAAAGCAUUUGUUCUCUGGUAAGAGAAGUUUCGGUGCCGACCGUCGUUAA